UUUACUCACCUCUGCACCACAGUAUAAGUAUAUACAGUAUGGACACUAAGUUUUUUUAGUAGUACCCAAUUUUCAAUGCGCAUGCGUUAGUUCAUCCUACCAGGAAUAUGGCGGCCUCUAUAAGUGUAUACAUACGACAUAUAAGAUUAUUAGUAAAUAUUUUAUGUACAUAUUUAUUUACACAUACACACAUAUACACAUACCAAUAAUUCUAUAAUAAAACUAACAUAAAAUAACACACAAUAACAAUAAAAUGAUUAGAGGUGGGCACAGUUGUACUAUGCAUAACUGUCCAAAUAUUUCGGGACGAGUACCUGGGUUAAGCUUUUUUCGUUUCCCGAAAGAUGAAGAAAGAUGUAAGUUAUGGUUAAAAAAUUGCGGACGUACAAUUGAAGUUCCAACAGAGAAUUUAUAUAAAACAUACCGAGUUUGUGGAAAUCAUUUUGAUUCUACGAUGUUCUUAAAUGAUUUGAAGAAUCGCCUUCAAUCACACGCAGUUCCAAAACUUGCAAUAAAUUUAAACAUAGAAAACGAAAAUAUGGUACUCAAGUACAUAACUCUUGAAACUCAAGUACAUAACUCUUCAUUAAUUUUUGAUACUCAGUUAUAUUCUCCAUGUAAUGAUCAGGAUGUAAACAUUAUUAUAGAUCAAGACGAUCAAGACAAUCGAAGAAAUCACCCAGACAGCACAUGUAUAAUAUUCGUACGAUAUCUGGUGCUGUCUGGGCAAGAAGUACAAACUGAACAAUCAUCUAUUAGACAAGAGAAGAAAAUAAAAACAGAUCGCAUAUUAUCUAUUCAUUCACCGCGAAAAACGAAAUUGAAAAAGAAAAUCCAUUUAUUACAAAGAAAAUUACGAAAAGUUAAGGAACAAUUAAAACAAAGAAAGCAAGUUAUACAAAGAACAGUAAGAAGUUCUCUCUGCCAGAAUAUUGUGAUGCAACAGAUCAAUUACUACCACCGUCUAUUGCGACUUUUGUGAAAGCUCAAGUCUAACUCAAAAACCGUCAAAGGUAACCAAUUUCAAAGAAGUAUGAUAUUUGGAGGGUAAAUGUUCAAUUACCAAUUUCAAGAAAAUAUGAUCAUAUUUAGGGAAUGAAAUGGUAAUCUAUGCAGGAUAUUUGUUAAUUAACGACUAUUUUCACAGCAUUAUUUCUCGUAAAAAACUGAAGUAAAAAGUAUUAAAAAUGUCGAAACGUCAAUAGUUUACAAAAUAUAAGCAAUGGAAGAAAACAAGAUUUUUCACUAACAAUACUUUGGUCAAUCAAAUAAAUAAACAAAACAAUUUUCGUUAAUUAAUUUUAAUUGAUUUUUUUGUAAUACAAUUUUUAUUAAAAUGGCUCAAAACUUGUUGAUAAAAUUUUUUAUGAAAAAUAACGCUAUGAAAAAUAGUGUGUUUUAAUUAACAAUAGCCUGCAUAUGUAUAGUUACUUCAUUCAAGUUUAAUAAUACGUUGAGUAUUUUAAAUCGAUUGAAAGUAAAUAAUACAAGAAAUAAGUAUUAAACGCCGUUCAUUCGAGUUCAUUCACAAAAUCCAGUAGAGCAAUGGCAAAUUCUUAGUUAAUAGUUCACUGAUAAAGGCGGAAAACUUUUGCAUAAUUAUAUAAGUGUAUGUAUAAAGAAAUUAUUUUCUUUGAUUAAUUCAUUUUCUUACACAUUUGCUUACGAACCAAUCAAUUUCUUUAUGCAUAUAAACUUAUGCAAAAGUUUGUGCUUUCGUUCUAAUGACUCAUAUAUAGCCGAAAAGUGUUCACAUUGGUAAUGAUUCAUAUAUAAGCAUCAUAUAUAAUUCUGCCCAUUUUCAACGGAUUUGCAUUAAUCUUAAUAUAUUCAUAUUUUUGCGAUCACUGACUAUGAAUCCAGCAUUAAAUUUAAAAAAUUAAUUGAAAACAUUUUGAAACAAAUAUGUUAUACUUGGAUGCAUUUCCUCAAAUAAAUUAAAAUUAAAUUUUAUUUACAAAUUAAAUCAAACUUAUGUCAUAAGACACAAUAUUUUAUGGUUUUAAAAUUUUAUAUACAAUAUAAUAUUUUUGAAAUAAAAUGAGUUUGUGUCUGUA